GUAUAUACAUAAUAUUCUGGACUGAGGCGGCAUCCAGGACCGCAGGUGGGCCGCCUGGGACAGGAAGGCAUAGCAUGGAGAAUGAUAAACUUCCGUCAGCGGAUGGGCUGGAUUGGAGUGGGACUGUAUCUGUUAGCAAGUGCAGCAGUGUUUUACUAUGCUUUUGAAAUCAACGACACUCACAACAGGCUGGCCUUGGAGCACAUUCAACCGCACCCCAAAGAGCCUCUUGAAGGAAUCACAUGGACACUCUCCUUGAAAGCUCGGUUACUCUCCUUACCUUUUUGGUUGUGGACAAUUAUUUUUCUGAUUCCUUACUUACAGAUGUUUUUGUUUCUUUAUUCUUGUACAAGAGCUGAUCCCAAAACAACGGGCUACUACAUCAUCCCCAUAUGCUUGGCAGUUAUUUGCAAUCGCCACCAGGCAUUUGUCAAGGCUUCUAAUCAGAUCAGCAGACUACAACUGAUUGACACAUAAAAUCAGGCACCGCUUUUUUCUUACAAUUACAAAACUGCCAGUACCAUGUGGAGUCUGGUCACAAGAUUACAG